AGAAUAUUAAUUAUAGUUUAUACUACCUAUUGAGUGUAAGACUUAGGUUUCUCCCUUCACUGAAUCAAAGAGAUUCACAGUUCCACACACUUUCUUCCUCCAAUUUUCAAAAAUAUUCCACCAUGCAACACCAACAACUUCAUCAUCAUCUCCACAAAAAUCUUUCAUAUCCAAAACCAUAUAUCACACUCCAUAGAAAUAUCCAUAUCCAACCCAAAAAAAUUCUCACUCUAUCUCCACCAUUCCCCAAAAAAUCCUCAAAUUUCCUUCGUGCAACAAAAAUCACUCCUUGUAAUGCAAUAACACCAUUCCCUUCACCAUUUUCAGCUGAAGAAGAUGACACUGACAUAAACACAGACACAGACGCAGAAACAGACAUGAAUGUUAAUGUUGUUGAGAAUAAGAUUCAAUGUCCACCUGAGAAAAAGAGUUUCUGGGGUGCAGUGAGUUUGAUAAUUGGUACAUCAGUUGGGCCUGGAAUGUUGGGCUUACCAUCUCUAACAAUAAAAUCAGGCCCAAUACCAUCAACAAUCAUAAUCUUCAUUUCAUGGAUUUAUGUAAUCUCUUCAAUAAUCCUUGUUGCUGAGCUUUGUUUUGAUGCAAUGGAAAAGGAUGAUAUUGAAGAGGUUAGUUUCACAAACCUAGCAACAAGAACAUUAGGUCAAAAAUUUGGUUCGUUUGUUGCAUUGGUUUAUGCUAGUCUAUGUUUUUCAUUGCUUGUUGCAUGUGUUGCUGGAAUUGGAUCAAUUAUUUCACCAAUUUUCACUAAUUUCAAUAAUUUGGUGAUUCAUUCAUUCUUUCCCCUUUUUGUUGGAAUCUUGAUUGUGUUUUUCCCUUUCAAUACUAUUGAUUUUGCAAAUAGGGUUUUGUGUUUUCUAAUGCUUGUUUCAAUAACUGGAUUGGUUGGGAUUGGAGUUGUUGUGGCUAGAGCUAAUAUAAUAAGCUCUUUUGGUUCGAUUUCAUGGAAAUUAUCGUCGAUUUUGCCGAUUAUACCGGUUGCUGUGUUAACGGUAGGGUUUCAUGUGAUUACGCCUUUUAUAUGCAAAAUUGCUGGUGAUACUAUUGAUGAUGCAAGAAAAGCGAUACUAAUCGGUGGAACUGUUCCAUUGGUGAUGGUUUUGUCGUGGAAUUUGAUUGUGUUGGGACUUGUUGGAGCUAAGAAAGGUACUGAUUUUGUUGGUGAUCCUAUUACGCUUUUGCUUUCGGUGAAUCCUUCUGCUUUAUCGGCUGUUCAAGGUUUUGCGUUUUCUGCUAUGGCGACUAGUUUGAUUGGUUAUGUUGUGAGUUUGCCUAAGCAGAUUCUCGACACUUUCGAAUUGGUAGUCGGAAAAGGUGAAAAUGGAAGAAUUGGGUUGGUUUCUUAUUCAGGUGAUGGCGUCGGCGGUGGUGGUGUUGGUUAUUCGGGGAAAGAUGGAUUUGAAAGUUCAGAAAAUUUGAGUGAAAUGAGAUUGAAUGAUAAAAGAUUGGAGGGAAUUAAGGUGUUUGUAACAAUAUUGGUUCUUUGUUUUUCGGUGUUCAUAGCUUCAUAUUUUAGGUCUACUUUUUCAAGAGCUCUUGAUUUUGCUGGUGUUUAUGCAAAUUGCUUUCUUUUUGGGAUUAUUCCUCCUGUCAUGACUUAUAUUCAUCAACAAACCAACAAGGAAAAAAUCAGGCCAUCCUUCAUUCCAGGAGGAAAUGUGACACUUCUGCUGCUGUUCAUUAUCUCAGUCAUGUUGGCAAUUUGGCAUUAGACGUUCUUCAAAAGCCAAGUUAAGAAGAAUUUGCUAGAUUACGAUUUCGAAUCAAGAUCGGACUGUCUAUAUCUCGAAUUCUUGUUUAAAAAAAGAUUUGAUACAGUUAGAAUAUCAGUCGUCAGAUCUUAACCUAGCGGUAGCGAGGUUGAUAAAGUUGGAAUAUAAGUCGUCAGAUCAAAAUCUAACAGUUGAGAGUUUUUUGACCGAAGACGAUUUGGAUCCGACUUAGAAAUAUGCCAAGUUCUGUAUGGAAUAAAUCUUGUGAGUACUACUGAUAAUGAAGUUUAUCAUUUUUAUGCUUUC